AUAGCCUAGGCUACCGCUCACCGUAUCUUACUAAUGCAUGAAGAGCAGAGAAACAACAUGCUUAUAUGAAUAGUUCUGAAACACGACAUGUAUACCACAAACAAUUAAUGACGAAUUUGACGAAUAACUGAAUGUGCAGCUGAAAGUAAAACAAAGUGCGCACGCAACGCAAGUGUGAGGAAAAGCUCCAGAAAAAAAGAAACUGGUAGGAGGAGGAAACGGAGGAAAAUAAUUUUCAGGAAGACCGCCUGGUGACCUGGUACUGAGGACAGAGGCUUUUUGAGGACACACCUGUAGCUGUAGACCUACUGUAGCGAGGUGAUGGAGGAGGAGGCAGCUUCUCGGAGUUGGCGAGGGGCGAGUUCUCUGCCGUGGUACGUCGCGGGCUCCCAGCUGCUGGGCGUGGCCAGCGUGGUGAUAACGGGCGUGUGGAUGGGCCACUACCGCGGCGGCUACGCCUGGGACGGCUCCUCCCAGGAGUUCAACGUGCACCCUCUCUGCAUGGUGCUGGCCAUGAUCUUCCUCUACGGAGACGCCAUUAUGGUGUACCGCGUGUUCCGAAAUGAGCCCAAACGCAGUGUGAAGAUUCUUCAUGGUGCACUACACUUCCUAGUGCUUUUCAUAAGCAUUAUCGGAAUAGUGGCCGUGUUCCAGUUCCAUGACGCUAACCACAUCCCUCAUAUGUACUCUCUGCACUCCUGGUGUGGAAUGCUCACUUUCGUCUUAUUUAUCGCACAGUGGCUGCUGGGGUUUUGCUUCUUCCUGUUUCCGGGGACAGCGAUGUGGCUGCGGAGCCUCUACCUGCCUCUGCACGUGUUCUUCGGUCUGUCGCUGUUCGGCCUCGCCGUCGCCACCUGCCUGCUCGGCAUCAUGGAGAAGCUCCUCUUCUCCAUCUCAGACACCUACUCGUCAUAUGCUCCUGAGGGCAUUCUGGCCAACACUCUGGGCAUAAUGCUGGUGACAUAUGGAGUGAUGGUAGGGUACGUGGUGACCCGUGAUGAAUUUAAACGCCCGCCUCACCCUGAAGAAGAGGCCUUGUCUGUGCACUUUAAGACCUUAACAGAGGGGGGAGCUGUUUCUCCUUGA